AGGUCCUUAUAGCGAGAAGCGGCCAUCGCGGUACAGCGUUCUCGUCUUGUUGUCAGGAUGCCGGCUGUGUCGAAGGGCGAUGGCAUGCGAGGGCUCGCGGUUUUCAUCUCCGACAUCAGGAACUGUAAGAGCAAAGAGGCAGAAAUAAAAAGAAUAAACAAAGAACUGGCAAAUAUUCGAUCUAAGUUUAAAGGUGAUAAAGCGCUUGAUGGCUACAGUAAGAAAAAAUAUGUCUGCAAACUGCUUUUCAUCUUCCUUCUGGGUCAUGAUAUUGAUUUCGGCCAUAUGGAAGCUGUGAAUCUACUGAGUUCAAACAAAUACACAGAGAAGCAAAUUGGCUAUCUGUUCAUCUCCGUACUUGUGAAUUCAAACAGUGAGCUGAUACGCCUGAUAAACAAUGCAAUCAAGAAUGACCUGGCCAGCCGGAACCCCACUUUCAUGGGACUAGCUCUGCACUGUAUUGCCAAUGUAGGCAGUAGAGAGAUGGCAGAAGCAUUUGCUGGAGAAAUUCCAAAAAUACUUGUAGCUGGAGAUACAAUGGAUAGCGUGAAGCAGAGUGCAGCCCUGUGCUUGCUACGAUUAUACAGAACUUCCCCUGACUUGGUUCCUAUGGCAGACUGGACAUCAAGAGUUGUGCAUCUUCUCAAUGACCAACAUCUGGGUGUGGUUACUGCUGCUACAAGUUUGAUCACUACUCUGGCACAAAAGAACCCUGAUGAAUUUAAAACCUCAGUCUCUCUGGCUGUCUCCAGACUCAGUAGAAUUGUGUCAUCUGCAUCAACUGAUCUCCAGGAUUAUACCUAUUACUUUGUCCCGGCUCCAUGGUUAUCUGUGAAGCUUCUGAGACUCUUACAGUGCUAUCCACCUCCAGAAGACCCGUCCGCACGAGGCCGUCUCACAGAGUGUCUGGAAACUAUUCUUAAUAAAGCUCAAGAACCGCCAAAGUCCAAGAAAGUACAGCAUUCAAAUGCAAAAAAUGCAGUACUGUUUGAGGCCAUUAGUUUAAUUAUCCACCAUGAUAGUGAGCCAAACCUGCUUGUUCGUGCCUGUAAUCAGUUAGGCCAGUUCUUGCAGCACCGGGAAACUAAUCUCCGUUACUUAGCACUGGAAAGCAUGUGCACUCUUGCCAGUUCUGAGUUUUCACAUGAGGCCGUGAAAACACACAUAGAAACAGUUAUCAAUGCACUGAAGACCGAGAGAGAUGUAAGUGUACGACAAAGAGCUGUGGAUCUCCUGUAUGCCAUGUGCGACCGAAGCAAUGCCCAACAGAUUGUUGCUGAGAUGCUGAAUUACUUAGAAACUGCUGAUUAUUCCAUUAGAGAAGAAAUUGUACUAAAGGUUGCAAUUUUAGCUGAGAAGUAUGCAGUGGACUACACCUGGUAUGUCGAUACAAUCUUGAAUCUGAUUCGAAUUGCUGGGGAUUAUGUGAGUGAAGAGGUGUGGUACAGAGUCAUUCAGAUCGUAAUUAACAGAGAUGAUGUGCAAGGAUACGCAGCAAAGACUGUCUUUGAGGCUCUUCAAGCACCAGCCUGCCAUGAGAACUUGGUAAAAGUAGGUGGUUACAUCUUGGGAGAAUUUGGAAAUCUGAUUGCUGGUGAUCCAAGAUCUAGUCCUCUGAUCCAGUUCAACCUGCUACACUCCAAGUUCCAUUUGUGUAGUGUUCCUACUCGUGCUUUGCUUCUGUCCACUUACAUCAAGUUUGUGAAUUUGUUUCCUGAGAUAAAAAUGACCAUUCAAGAUGUACUACGCAGCGAUAGUCAGCUGAAAAAUGCUGAUGUCGAGCUACAGCAGAGAGCUGUUGAAUACCUGAGGCUCAGUACAAUUGCAAGUACUGAUAUCUUGGCAACUGUACUAGAAGAAAUGCCUCCCUUUCCAGAGAGGGAGUCCUCUAUUCUGGCCAAACUCAAGAGGAAAAAAGGCCCCAACACAGUUACUGACCUGGAAGAGACAAAAAAGGAGAGAAACUCUGAUGUGAAUGGGGGGACUGAAGCUACUCUUGUCAAUGCCAGUACUACGUCAACUCCAUCUCCUUCAGCAGAUCUUUUAGGUCUUGGGGCAGCCCCAGCAACAAAUUCUGUACCUCCCCCAACAUCUAGUGGCAGCUUGUUGGUGGAUGUCUUCUCAGAUUCUUCUGCAGUUCCUGCUUCUCUUGCACUUAAUUCUGAAGAUAAUUUUUCAAGUCCUGACCUGGCUUCAACUGAGCAGGUAGUUUCUGAGGAACCAGCUGAUGCUGUGCAUGAUGCUGAUGAACUUUGUCACAAGUUUGUUUGCAAAAAUAAUGGAGUCUUGUUUGAGAAUCAGUUGCUGCAGAUUGGUCUGAAAUCUGAAUUUCGACAGAAUUUGGGUCGGAUGUUCAUAUUUUAUGGGAACAAGACAUCAACACAAUUUUUAAACUUUACUCCAACUCUAAUCUGUUCAGAUGAUCUUCAGUCAAGCCUGAAUCUACAGACAAAGCCGGUCGAUCCCACUGUGGAGGGGGGUGCUCAGGUGCAGCAAGUUGUAAAUAUUGAAUGUAUAUCAGACUUCAUGGAAGCUCCAGUCCUAAACAUUCAGUUCAGAUAUGGUGGAACACAUCAAAAUGUAUCCGUGAAGCUGCCCAUCACAUUGAACAAAUUCUUCCAGCCUACAGAAAUGGCCUCUCAAGACUUCUUCCAGCGGUGGAAGCAGCUGAGCAGCCCCCAACAAGAAAUGCAAAACAUCUUUAAAGCAAAGCAUCCAAUGGAUACAGAGAUUACAAAGGCAAAGAUCAUUGGCUUUGGCACAGCUUUACUUGAAGAGGUGGAUCCUAACCCUGCUAACUUUGUCGGAGCUGGUAUUAUACACACAAAAACAAUCCAGAUAGGAUGUUUGAUGCGCCUUGAACCCAACCUGCAGGCACAGAUGUAUAGAUUAACACUACGAACAAGUAAAGAAACGGUAUCCCGGAGAUUAUGUGAAUUGCUGUCAGAACAGUUCUGAACUAACACAAGAUCAGUUUUGAUUCUCCAUUUUUGCCAUUGUCUUCGUCCUGCUCCAGAAAUGUCUUGUGCACCAGUGUCUGCAAAGAUAAUUGCUGCCACAUUCACAUCCCCGCCUUAAAAGGGACUAUCCCUUUUUAUGUGAAAUAAGAUAUGUACAGUAUAAAAUGAUGUUAAAUGUGAAAGAAGGCUUUCAGACAUCUGCAAGAUGACAGGGCGUCUUGUGUGUCUUGACUCAGCUGUGUUCUGUAUAUUUUUGCAGAAGUUGGAGUUGCUUGAAAAAUGCAGAUUGCAAAGAUGGUUAGUGCUGAGAGGGGAAAUGAAAUGCCACUAUAAAUUCCUGGGAGUCUGCUGACCUCGAACCAUUUUUCUAGCACUCUUCUUUGUUGCUGUAAGACAGAUGGAUUAAGGCAUCGGUCAGACAGGAUGGCAGGGUUCAUGUUGUUCUUGCGCUCUAUGUACAUGGCUUAUCUCUCAAGAAUAUGCACUAGAGGAGUCUUUCUUGUAUGUGGGAGGGCAGUAUUUGUUACUGCCUUCAUGAAUGUCACCAGUAUCUUUUUUGAGUUUUAUUUUAAAGGACAGUGAGCAUUUGCCUUCUAAACAGCAUGCAUAUUGUGACUCAUAGUUUAAUAUUGUCAAACAAGUUGCUUCAGAUUCCACACACAGCUCUAAUUUUUUCCACAUUCUGAACUACCAAAGAGUAUUUGUCUGGUCAAAUAUUAACACAAGGGGGAAAGGGUUAGGAUCUUGGGCACAAGCUGCUUUCUAAAGGUUAGAGAGUUGGUCCAAUGAAACAUUCCUUCACUUAGAUUAUAAAUAUUUUAAGCAUUCUAACAACUUCCUAGAGAGGCUAUGCCUGUCACCCACCAUCUCCUUGUUUGUUGCUUGUAUGGGUUUUCCAUUUCAUACUACUUGAUCAUAUGGGCCGUUUCCACACGGCUUACCUCUGCCCAUAAUGACCCAGUAGAUCGUGCAAAAACCACAGAAGAUCGCGUUUUCUCGCACGAGAUUUGUGCGACAUCAUGUGAUGUCGCACAAAUCUUGUGUGAGAAAACGCGAUGUUCCACUGUUUUUGCGCGAUCUACCAGGUCAUUACGAGCAGAGGUAAGCCGUGUGGAAGCAGCCAUGGAUAGUGGCUGUGAUGGUAGAGUGAGUACCUAGUCAAAUGUGAAUGAAAUUGCAGGGCCUUGAUUGUUUCAAAACAACAUUGCCACAUGAUCAGUAUAUUUUCUGCUUGAACUUCUCAGCUAGUUCAAAAAGAUGGCUUUAACAAUGGCUGGCAUAAUAGUAUGUAUUAAUAUCUUAUGCAGAAGCACAUUAGCAACUCCUUUUCAAAGUCUGUUGAAGCACACAUUUCGCUUAUGUCACUCGUGUGUGUGAAGGCCUGUUAAGAAAUGGGUCUGCAGCUACACACAAGCAUGUUGGACAUAUCUGAUAUAAAUGUCCUGGCUGCUUGAAUCAAGUUUUCAAAAGAAACUUAUGCCCAAAACUACCUGGAGUUGUCUCAUCAAGAUUAUACUACAUUUUGUAAAAAUCAGACUCUUUUUAAAAUGAUAUUGGCUUAAAAUCUAUUUGGAUUUUUUAAAUGAGGGUUAACUUCUACAGCCACAGUUAAAUUGAAGCACAUUGUAUCAAGUUACUUGAUGUGUAACUGGGUACAGUAAUAAAAAUUGAGUAACUGCCAUAAUUAUCACUGAAGAAACUCCAGGCAUUUCCAUCAUGGCAUCGUAGUACCAUUGUAAUCUGUACAGAAUUAACCUGUAUAAAACAUAAGAUCUUCCAGAGUUUGUCUUGUCAUAUAGCAGAAGUUGGGAAGAACUACUAUUUUGUUUAAAAUACAAGUCAGUCACUCUGGAGUAUGGGGCUUUAUGCCCUCCUUCUAAGGCCACCUCAAGAUGCUAUUUUUGUGUCCUCUUCACAGGUACAGGUUUUGUGUUGACAUUUCCUUUAUCCCCCAGAGACAGCAGGCUAAAGAGCAGAUACCUGAGUGAUGGGACUAUAAUUGGUAAUCCAACCUUACACAGAGGGCUUUGUCCCUGAAAUGAGCUAUAUCAGCAUUGUUCUGAAGAUGACCCAAUGGGAUAAAUGACCUUGUUACCAAAGUUGUAUAUCGAUUUAUCUUGAGCAGAAGCAAUAGUUUCUGUGGCUAAAGCAGUAUUAGUAAUCAAGGUACAGUAUUUGUUUUGUUGACAUGUGAAAUACCUGGAGACUAAAUUGUUCACUUUUAGGCCUACACUUCAGUGUGUAACAUGUAGUCAUUUCACUUGUAAAGGAAAAAAAAUCACAAGCGUAUAUGGUGAACUUCCAUUUUGACUGUAUAAAUUUUGAAAAUAUAUAAAUUUAAUCAUGUUACUGAAAUGGAAAAAUAAAUCAUUAGAAGAAAA